UUUUUCAGGCAGAUUCCCUCCCACAACAAACUUUUUAAUACUCACCAGUAGGUGUCAAGUGAUAAAGCGUUGAGAGACAGCUCUAAAGAUCUUUCUGUUUUCUUUACCCCCCCCCCCACCAUCGCCUUUCAGUGGGGAGUCUAAUUAGCUGUGAGGUGCUAAGUGUUGGAGAGCUUAUCAGGAGCUGCCUAAAGAGGACAGAUAAGGAGCUGCAAUUAACUUGGCUCAUCUUCAUUUGUCACACCUAAUCAUUAUAUUUCUGUCAGCGACAUGAGAUGCCCCAUUGGCAUUUCUGUGUGUUCUGUGUUGUUUAUAUCCAACUACACUUGCUGUUUUCCAGGAAAGAUUGAGGCUAAACCAGCCAGUUUUGUCUAUUAAGAAAUAAUGGUACCCCUUUCUAAUAAGGUGCACCCUUUUAGAGGGUACAAGUUGUGACUCAUGGCUUUAUCAAUUGUUAAUGAAUCAUUUGCAAAUACUUUACGCACCAGUUCAACUAAGAACAACUUUGGACUGGCUGUGAUGUGAAAAAUUCAUUUGACCUGUUGGGCUGUUGAGCUGCAGAUGAUUAGAGAAUGAGAAACCCCAAAGUAUUUAUAAAAUGAACUGUUUUUGGAAAUUCACACAUUCACUUUCUUACUGAGAUGAGAAGAUUGACAUCACUUUCAUGUCUGUAUGAAUGUCUGCUUGUUUGGUGAAUGUGAAGCUACUGCCAGAUGCCAGUUAGCUUAGCAUAAAGAAUGGAAAUGGGGAAAUGGCUAGUCCCCCCCCCCCCCCUCUCUCUCCUUCUUAACCCAACCGGUCGAGGCAGAUGGCUGCCCACCCUGAGUCCGGUUCUGCUCGAGAUUUCUGCCUCUUAAAAGGAAGUUUUUCCUUGCCACUGUCGCCUAGUGCUGCUCAUGGUGGGAUUUCUCUGUAAAUACCUAUUUCAAAGAGUAUGGUCUAGACCUGCUCUGUAUGAAAAGUGCCUUGAGAUGACUUUUGUUGUGAUAUGGCGCUAUGUAAAUAAAACUGAAUUGAACUGAAUUGGAAAAAAAAAAUCCACCUACCAGCACAUCCAAAGCUCAUUUAAUAACAUAUCUUGUUUGUCCAAUCCAUCCAGAAACUUCAGUCUAAAUAUAACAGUACUAACUGAUACUUACUGGAGUAUUUCUUGGCCUAGGCCGGUUACUUAUUGGAGUUUCUGCUGGUUGCCUGGCAACUGAUCCAGCAAAUACAGGAUUUCUAUUUUUACUUUAUUAAAUCCUGAGAUUAAUCAUCUCAUCAUUUUUACAAAUUGACAACCGGAUGUUGGUUCUCAAUAAUAAUAAUAAUCCUGCUUCCAGCUGAAGUACACGCCGAAACAAGAGGAGCGCACACACAAAAAUAAACAUAAAAGCUCAUGUUACACAUACUUUAGCCUCCUGCAGAAUAACAUUAGCUCCAUUUAGAGCUUUUUUUUUUUUUUUUUUUUUUUUUUUUUUACAAUCUGAUGUACUUGUAAACACAGCCAUUACAAAUCGCUCCCAGUGUUGCCAGAAAGGAAAGCUCUGAAUGACCUCAAAUUGUGCAACCUCCACUGUUUGAACUGUACAAAUACACAAAACACUUAGCACUUGUAAUCUCGAGAUGGAGAGAUUUAGAAACAACGAUAUGAAAAGUUCAAGCGAUGGUUCGCUGUAAUUUGUCCCGUUCCGACCUCCCUCUUUGCCUUUAUCGCUCUCAUUUGCUUAGAAUUCAGCCCCAGUCCUUGUGCACAUCUCUUGCACCUGUGUGCCCCCCACCCCACCUCCGUCGACGCUCAUUUAUCUUACCGUUCCUCCUAUCACUCCCUCACGCUGACUCGUCCUCUUCCCCCUAUCCUGCUUUCCCUCUCCUCCUCCUACUUGUCUCCCAGAUUUAUAGGAGGCGGUGUGCAGUUCAGACACAUUCCACUUCUGACAACCACCCCUCCGCCCCCACCUCCUGCCACUGGACUCUCAUAUCUAGGCACGGCCGUUUAUCUUCAUAAUCCUCCGACAGAGAGAAGAAGAGGGAGGGUUAGAGAGAUGAGACAAUAGGAGGAGUGUUGUUUUUGUUGAGCAGGCCAGACUAUCUUUUCAUACACCUCUGUCUCCCUCUUGCUGCCUCAAUAGGAGUGGUCUCUCUAAUGUGUGUGUGUCUGUUUGUGUGUGUGUGUGUGUAUGUAUAGGGCUAGCUGUGGGGUCCCUAUCUCCUGUGUCAAAGUUUCCAGGCCUGCAUGGCGGCUCCUACAUGAAAGAACCUGUGGAGUCUUUAUGGAGAACAAACGGCGCCCUGACGCAAUGCUCCAGGUUCAGGACACACACACACACACGCAUGCGCGCAACGACCCAUGCCACACACUCGCUGGCUCGCUCGCUCAUUCACUCAUGCAGACACACCACAUCCACAAACCCGCAAUCCACAAAUCCCCAUCCUUGCACACCCCCGUUGGCCAGGCCUAAUUAGUUAUGUGGUCGGCACUCUGCUCUAUCCCAGAGCCCCAAAUGGCAGCAGGUCAUAAAACCUUAAGUGUUCCACCAGUCAGAGCUGUGCAACUGUGGCCAUAUAUCCUCCAACACAGUCCAGGGCUAGACUGAGUCGUAUCAAAGCCCAUCUCUCACAGGCCUACUGACAUCCAUGAAAUCCCUUUAUGGCAUUUUCAAAGACAUUUCUGAGAGAUUUUUGGCACUUUAGCUUUGCAUCUCUGUUUUUCAUGCUCCCUCAGGUAGGCAAAUAGCCCGUGCUCACACAGAGACAGACUGACUCAAGCAUUUAACUCUUUCCCAAGGGAUCAAUGUCUGCACACACACACACACACAUACACAAGCACACAUACACGCACACUAUUAACCCCAAAAAUAAACGUUACUUUUGGUUGGUGAGCUGGAUUCCCAUAGCUAGUUUGUUUCCUUGGCAGCCGACACCCACCGCCCUGUCCCCAGUUGCCCUGGCGACAACAGACGGGUGUUUCCUGUGACACCAUUUUGCUCAAGGGAAUUGUGUAUGGGUCUAUAUAUGUGUAUGUGUGUGUUUGUCCAAUUUCACACUCAUUAUUUUGGGGAUUCCUCGGGGAGUCAUCAGUGAAUGGGUUAAUGAAACAUCUGAAUAGAUAAGAUCAGAUAUUUAGGAUCAUUUCAGUCCAGUGAUCACCUGAAGAUUUGAUUUUCUGGCUUUUUCUUCUCUGCUUGUCUGGGUGUCACAUUCUGCAUGUGAACAGAGACAGAAAAUAACAAAAGACAAAAAAUGUGAACUUUUCCUUUAAAUUUGAAAUUACUUAAUUCAGUUUCAACAAUACCUUUCUCUCAGAGGACAGGUCAGAUUGCCAAGAAUUUUAUUGCUUUUUGCUGCUUAUAAUUGUUCAGUUUUACAGCAUUUUUUUGUAACACAUUGCAUGAUGAUCAUUUCUGUAUGUUUACAUCUCGUGCUCAGUUGAAAUAUUUUCAAAUCACUCAAAUGUAGCAUGCAUCGUGUGUUUUCUCUGUUAUUACCAAAUAAUAUUUUUCCAGGUUCAGGAAGCAUUUUUUCUCUGACUUUUUCAUACAGUUUGAAAUAUUUCUUUUUUUGUGUGUUCCUGCCUACUUGUAUUUGUGUGAGUGUGUUUGUGUGUGUGUGUGUGUGUGUGUGUGUGUGUGUGUGUGUGUUUGUGCUCUGCCCUGGUCAGCCAGCCCAGUGAGAUUAAUAGGGCUCAGUGUAAUCAGGAGGUAAUGGGAGGCUCAUAGGCGUCUAGACAGUGUUCAGACCGAACCAUAACUCCUACACCCAAAACACGGGGGAAAUGUGGCAGGGAAAGGACAAAAGGUAAAAAAAAAAAGAAGAAAGAAAUAAGAAAGGAAGAAAAAAAAUAACUUGGUUUUAAUCUUAGCUGUACACAGUUAUUAUGAUAGUAACAUCAUCUGCAGGCACGACACUAAUAAAGAAUGAGGCCAACUCAUAGACAUGAAUGUGAAAGCGAGUGUAGUGAUUUAUGGUGGAACAACAAGCCAAUGUAAAAAAUGUAUUUUUAUCACUCCCUAUACCUUUUGCGUAUAAAUCGAGAGGAAAGUAGAAAUGUGGAGAGGAGUACUGAGAGGUGGGGUAAGGAGAGGAACACACACAGCAUAUCAUCAGACUUUCAACCACAACCUCCCAAAACCACAGAAAAAUAAAUAAGCCAAGAGGGAAAAAAAAAAAAAACUUCUGGGUCUGGAAAAAAUGAUCUCAUGUUUAGUCAUGUAGCUUUACAGGACAAUACCCAGGACACAACUAAAUAUUUUAUUAUUAUAAUUUUAUGACAACCUUGUCAAACUGCAGAGCAGGGCUGAAGGUAUCCGUGUAGGAAAGAGGGCACGAUAGAGAGAGAAAGAGAAAUAAGGAGGAGAGGGAGGGAUGAAAAGAAAGCGAAACCUGGGUGGCCAAUACUGGUGAUGAUGUGUACAUUAGAGCUGAUUGCUGGAAAAGCACUUAUAAAGUCAUUGACAAGAAGAUGAAAAGAAACUCCCCUGAUCAGUGAACCAUCCACUGACUCUGGCAAGCAAGCUAAUUUGAAUUUCCAAAGACUAUAUAUGACAAAUAUGUUAAACAUAAAAAGAAAGAUACAAAAUUUUCCUCAGUGAGUUUAGAUAUCAGUGCCUAAAGACAGCAGCAUUCACUGAAGGCAGCUUUGAGAGCUCAUUAUUAACAUGUUGAAACACAGUCAGAGAGAUUAAGCACUUGUCAAGAAUCAAAUUUGAUAAGAGUUAAAGGUGUUAUACGUAAGUAUUUUAGAUUAAUACUUUCAGACAUUAACUAAAAUUAUCAAGAGAAUGUGAAGAAAUAACAGUUUUGACAUUAUGUUCAAGACAUGUGGGAAUUAUGUUGCAGAAAUAUCUAAUAGCUAGCCCUGGCCCGGCCUGUCUUAUCUCAGGAUGCCACUUUGUACCUCAAGAGGCAAUAGUGAGUCACUGUAGUGUCCAGUCUGCCCUCAGUCCAAUGUGAGAGGAUGAAGGUGUAAUGUGGCCCAGAGGACAUACUUCAACCUCUUGUUCAGUGAGUCGUUGAAUGAAACAGUAAAUGCAAGAAUACCUGCGAUCAUUAUCACUACUGCCACCUGCUGGUAAGUGAACAGCUGUUGGCUAUGCAGUGUUAGCAAAAACGUACAUAUAGCACCUACAGUAUAUACCUGUUGAGGGUAUAAGUAUGAAAUUACAGCCACUGUUUUUUGGGGGUAAUCAGUGCAACGUGGGGAAUGAAUUGUGCCACAGGUGCACCAUGAGCAACUAUACAGCAUCUACAUUUUGUAAUAAGUCUAAAUGCUAUAGUAAGUGUACAUGUCAGUGUCAUGUGCUGGAGGGGGUUUUUCUAAGUCUUGUAAUUCUCCAAAUCACUUGCUUCACUUUCAUUUUGAAGCUCUAUGGCAGAUGCAAGCACAUUCUUUAAAGAUGAUAUGCCAAGCUUGUUUCCCAAGAAAUUGCAGAGAAUUUCAGAGGUACUGGAAUUCAGCAAGUCCCAAUUCCAGUUACUGGAUUCUAUGAAUUAGCUGUACAGAAAGUUUAAGGCUAACAAUAUCUGGCAGUGUAGUCAAUUUAAUGAUGAAAAAAAGUUAUGACUGAACUUUUAGGGCAGUUCAUAAAAUUUAUGAUGCGGUAGAAAGAAACGGUUCCAACAAAGAUCCAGCUUACUUUCAAAGCUUUCUGUCAACUGUCUUUAGCAGAUGGAGUUACUCAUUGAGAUGGUUGAGUUGUUAAUCAUGUGACCUGACUGUGGAAUUUGGUGGGGAAAGAUUGUAACCCCUGUCUCUGUUGAAGGAUGGGAAUAUGCAGAGAAAGGCCACAAGAUAUGGUAGAAACCUUUGGAAACAGCACAGAUUGUCUUGAGUUGAGAUUUUUUUUGUCAGUCGAGAAUUGGUUUCUGUUUGGAGAGUAGCUAUUGAAACUUCAUUUAUUUUCAUGCUCUUUGGCACCAUGAGCUGUUAAUGUUGUUUUUUCCUGAUUUUUAUGAGCUUCUCACAGAUUUAACAUUAAGCUCAUGAGUGAUUAUUUUAAUCCUGAACCACGAGUAACAAUAAUGCAUGAUUACAACUAAAGUUAUUGGGAUGCCAUUAGGUGCUGUGACUGCUUGUGAGGCUGAUGAUGCAAGCCUCCUUCCAGUACUGCCUAUCAUUCAGUAAUCCAGCUAAGAAGCUAAACAUUCAGUCAUUCAGAAGUUUUGUGUUUGUGAGAACUAGUGCAGUGCCUGUUCAAAAUGUGACUGUCUGCAUAGGGGCUGAUUGUGUUGCCUGCAUUGGUCAAGUCUUGGCAUGCAAAAUUACCCAUUACAGAAACAUAAGAACGGUACAGAGCCCCACUGGGAUCUUUGUGUAAAUGUGAAUAUCCUUUGGCUUUAGAAAUCUGUGCACAUGGUUUAUAAGAAAUGCUCACAGAUUCAUAGUCGCUGCCCUCAGAUUCAUAAAUUGUGCCCUAGGAUCCAUGUCCUCAAACAACUUGGUUUGCAUGUGAAAAGCACAGUAAAUACAAAGUUACACAAUGAAAGGGGUGAAACAUCCAAUGGCACACAGUUGAGUUCCGCCUUUCUUAAAACCUUGGCAUGUGUGUGCUGUAAAUUGUCCAGGUGCUGCACUGCCCUCAUAGUGUAGUUCCGCCUUUCUCUGCAUGUGAAGUAACAUGCAGGGAAGCAGCGUUUGAAGCUUUCUCGUGGAUUGCUCAUCCCCUCCAAAAAAAACUGCACAAGCAAUACACUGGCCAAGUUAGAAGUGGAUCAGAUGAGUGGUUGUCAAGAAAAUCAAAAUACAGUCAAGCAGAGAUUCCUCCAUUUAUAGUUAGAUUAGCAAUGUUUUUCUUCAGUGCCAACCAUAUUUUCCAACUCGUCUUUGUUCCUAAGUGGUUGUGGCACUGUGGUGAGAAGAAAAAAGUCACGUGUAAACAUAUUUUACAUAAAUUAUCUCAGUGUAAAGAGGAAAAAACACUGACUUAACAGAUUAUGACUUAGCCAAACAAACCCAGACAAACACACUUAAAGCCAAUUGGCCAACAAGGCUAAAGUGCUUAAACCAUGGCACUCCUAUUUUCAUCAUCAUUAUCAUCAUCAUCAAAGAGUUGUCAUCUCAGGCAAAUCAGGCAUCUCAACAUACACCACGGCUGAGAAUAUGACACUUAAAACAAAUGAAACAUGGCACCCUCAAAAUACACAGUAGAGAGUGGGUGACCUUCUUUCAGAAAAUAAACACAGACAUUACUCAGACAGAGCUGGAGGGGGUGGAGUGGGUUGAGGCAAGGUGCUGACAUGGGUAAGAGUGGGUGGGGGAGCCGUGCCAUGCAAUGAGAUUUUUGGUGUGGCGGUGGAGAGUGGGAGCUAAGAGGUUGGAUUAAGAGAAAGAGGCUAAUUCGGAAAGGAGGAGCUGAGGGCAGGCAGCGGUUUUGGCAAGUGGGAGGUGUAGGUUUGGAGGAAUCGGGAGGGGGGAGGCGAGCAAGGAGAUAUAUGAUGUGGUAUUGGGGUUUAUCCAACUUCCACACGCACGCACACGCACGAACCCUACCUUUUCACUGGCCACCCAGCUGUGUAAACACCCCACGACUGAGCGUUGGCUAAAGCGCCCAAGCCAAUCAGAGGGCGGGAUGCAGGGGAAGGUGGGACAAGUGAACCAAUGAGUCAGCUUCUGGGUGUGGAGAGAGACGGAAAGAAACAACUGAGAGAGUCAGAGUGACACAAUGAAGAAGAGGCAGAUAGGUCAGGAGUUAAACUCAUCUCCCUUACUCCCACUGUCUCCCACUCUGUGCCUGUGCCUCUUUCCCUCUCUCCAAUUUUCAAAAUUCCCUAUAAUAAUAUUUAUAAAACAGAAUACAGGAUUUCUUUCUCAUGCAUAUUCUGUUGCUGUUUAUGCAGUCAGUUUACAAUGACAUCAACUUUCUCACUGGGUGAAGUAAAGUAAGCUUUGUCACACUGGCUAAAUUGCUUUAUUUUCAUAAUUUGCAAAACAGUUAGGAAGUGAAGGAUGUAUCAGUCGGUAAGAGAAGAAAACAAGCAAAGAAAAUGAGGGAGGCGCGGAGAGAAACAGCUCGGUAAGGGAGAAAAACAGAGAAGGAGACAGAUUCAAGGAAAGAGAGAGAGAGGCUGAGAAAGAAAUAGAACGAGAGAAAAGUGUCCAGUUUCAGAUUUACAAUGGUAGUGGGAGAGAUUUGGCUGUGUUCUUAUAGCACACUGAGGACAGAGCCAGAGGAGGAGUAGGAAGACAGAUUUACAUGGUGAGAACAGCUCUGGCUGCUCUGGAGCAGCACACUGGACACGUACUGUUCUCUGGUGAUCUCUAUAUUAAUAAACUACUUCAGUGUUACCACACAAUACUUACAUAUUAAAAAUACAUAUUUCUUUCACAUUCAGUCCUCAUGUGAAAUUAGUGAAAUCAUGUUUCCCAACACGCAGGACUCAAAGUCCAUUCUUUCCAGGUAUUACUGUGGUAUUAUGGUGAUAUAUGGUCCCAAUAUCCAUGAGGGAUUCAUUGUCAAGAUGGUGUCUGUGCUAUGUGCUGUAAGAUAAUGCUUAUGAACUGAAGUGCCAGGCUGUCCUGCUGGGUGUCUUUGGUAGAUCCACUCUGUAGAAAUUAUAAGAUGAAGCUUCGUUUUCAUACUUUCAGAGUCUCUGUUAUCAAAAAUGUCAUUAAAAAUUUAAAUUACAACCUCUUUGCGAUUUUUAUUAGCCACAUUAGCUGCAAGGCUCUGGGGAUGCCACUGUCUGUCUGUUGGUCCAUCACUUUAGUGCAGACUGAAAUACCCCAUCAGAUAAAUUUGAUGGUCCCCAAAGGAUGAAUAAUAAUUUUGGCUGACUACUACUGACUUUUCAUCUAGCACCACCAGCAGGUCAAAGGUUCCACUUUUACAGUGGAACGGAUCAACACUGACAGCAUGAAUUGCCACAAAACUUUGCGCCGAAAUUCAUGGUUCCCAGAGGAUAACCCUUGCUGACUCUGGAGAUCCUCCGACUUUUCCUUCAGUGCAAUUAUGAGGUUGAUAUUUGCGAUUUUGAGUGAACUGUCGCCAUAAUUAUUGGAGAGUUAGUGUGCUAACACCAUAAGAUGGUGGCCAUGGUUAACAUUCUGCCUGCCAAACAUCAGCAUGGCAUUGUAAUUGAGAGCAUGUUAGCAUUUAGCCGAAAAUCCACUUGACUGAGUUGAACAUCCAGACUUCUUGACAAAAUUGGGGUUCUAAUGUUGGGGUUGUAUCUGUCAAACCCUCAAUGUUUACUUCCACAAACAUUUAGUCACACCACAAACUAUCAUUAAUUUCACUCUGUGUAACCAGUAAUAACAGAGCAGAGCAGGAAAUGUGCUGUAAUGAGCGCCUGUGUGAAGGUCUGUCCUGUGUGUUUCCACUCAGACAAAACUGGGAUAAACCCCUGUAGGUGUGUGUUUGUGUGUGUGUGUGUGUGUGUGUGUGUGUGUGUGUGUGUGUGUGUGUUUGCGUGCCUCUUUUGGGGUUUUACUCCUUAUUUAAGACCAAUAUUUACCCAGCAGCCCCAGGGUGAGAUUACCUCAUAUUCUCCCGCCCAGCUGUGCUUUCUCAGCGUUUCCACGACAACCGGCGGAAUGUCCCAUCAUGUUUAUCUGCCCGCCAGGGAAACAGAGAGGAGAGAGGAAGAAGUAACAGCGAAGGGAGAUGGAGAAGAUACACUUAAGCUGAAGUGUGUAUACAGGACGCUCACACUCGUGUGUAUAUGGAAUAAUCACAGAGGAAUGCAAAAGGAAGGAAAAAGACAGAGGCUCUCCAUUGGUUACUGAUGUGUUCACACAGAUGGGAGUGCAAUCAACAAGCUACACUUAAUUAAUGGUAUAUAACACACUACGUUUUUAUUGUAAGCAAAAAUAUGUUUUUUAUGUAGCAGGCAAAACUAAUCUACAAAAAAAUAAGGAAUGCUUGCCAGCUUAAAACUGUUGAUAGAAGUGUUCAAAACUCUUUAAAUAUUGUCAUAUAUGAUUACUAUUACAUUAUCAAGUAUCUAUAAUUUGUUUAAGCAUGAUGUUUCAUAGGAGGAGUUGUAGCUGUUGACAGUAAUAAACACUUAAAAAAUAUUGUGAUAUCUUGCUCGUAGCUACAUUAUAUUGUGUAAUAAACCGUUUAUUAGAAGAUCUUCUUCAUGGAAGACAUUUUGACAUGUUGCUGUAGGAAAAGCACAGGUUUAAAUACUUAAAUAGAUGAGGGCUGAGUUCCAUUUAGCUGCUUCAGUUUCAGGGUCCUUAGAUUGUACCUUCUGGCUCAUUGUCGCACUGUCAUUGCUUAGUGAGAUACUUGAAUGGGCCAGAGCCUUCACUGCAGAGCUUUUUCUACACACCUAUGGGCAGUUCAGCCCUGGCUGAACCAGGGUUUGAACCCAUAGCCUUCUUGCUGUGAGACGACGGUGCUAACCACUGCAUCAGACCAAUAUUAUUCAGAGACUAUCACUGUGAUAGAAUAUAAUGACCUAUCAACCAAAAUGAUCACAAUAUGAACAGAAACUUCAUUCAAACAGCAAAUCUCUGUUCUGGGAUCAUCUGUGACCUCUGACCUCCCAUGAGGGACAAACCAAAGGAGGACUUAUCCUCGGGGAUCAGCAUCUGACUGUACCUACUAAAGUUGAGUGCUUUGAAUUUUUCAUGGCAUUUGGAACAAUUCGUCAUCAUGAGUGGGCUUUAAAAACCACCAGCACUACUCUAGCUGAAUUCAGCAAAUUUUAGAACACAACACUCUCUCCUCCUUUUAACCACAAAAGUUGAGUUGUCCUUGAGUAAACUGUUUAACCCGAAAGCACCUAAAACUCAUGAUAAUUUUUCUGGACAGUCCUUGAGUCUGGAUUUGUGUAUGAAAUGUAACUUUUCCUGUUGCCUGUUUGGUCAUUACUUAAAUCAGUGUUUGUGUUCUUAGUCAAACUGCCUGAUUAAAAAUAUUAUGAGAUUAAAUCUGAAAAAUCUCUAUUGGAUAAAAUGAAAAGGAAGGAAAUUCUAUUUGGCAAGUCAAAUGUGGAAUUAGUGUCUCUCCACAUAACCUCAACAGCAACCCACACUGUAGACAUCUCCCAGUGUUUUUGGACACAGCACCUGGAUGAAACAGAUCUGCAUGUGUCCCUACAUUGUUCAGAUAGGCGCAGUAAUCCAUCGCAGCCUAUUACUUUGGCCCCAAAUUACCUCUUACACAAACGAAGCUUGUGAAGUGGUGGGGAAAAUCAGUUUUUACCAUUGCUGGGUUUCCAUAAAGAAUGAAAAAUGAGAGUGAGUGACUGAGUUCAUAAAGUCAGCCUCAGUAAAAACUUUAACCUAGAAAGCAAAUAGCCUUCAAUUCAGACUCAACUUCUCUGAUUUUCACAUCUUAGUCAUCACUACUAUCAUCGCCCAGUACAAAAAAAAUGGUCUCACUGAUGCAGAGCACUUUAUAAUGACAAGCACUCUCAGAUAUACCACCACUGACUUACACCAGUGGACUUCUCACUGGUCCCUGUAGUGUGGACACUGUCUUUCCAUGGGAACCAAUAGUUAUUUGCUUUAAUUUGCAACAGAAAAGCUUGUGGUGUAUAGUGACUGUUAGGGAAUGUUCUAUUUGGUCUUCCCCUGGCCUGUUUAAGUGAUAAAAGUGUCAUUAUUUAGCCUCUGAAGCUAGAGGGGAGAGAGCAAACAGGACUGUAUGACCCUCCGUCAAGAGCCUCCGUUCUUCAGAAGCUCAUUAAGGGCCUCCAGGACAGCACAUCAAUUGGCAGGGCCCUCUAGUUUCCUCUCGGCCUUUUUAAGCCUCUUUCCUCGGAUUCAGCCUCACUCAUCGGCCGACUAACAGCACAAAUGGACUCAGUUUAGAGCUGAAGAGGAGCAUGAAAGAUGUCGCGCUGUGAAGUGGCAUAGGCGACUUAUUAAAACAGCAGGAAAAGGCUCUUGGAUUUGAGCCAAAUAGGAUCUCACCCUGUCGUGCUCUGACCGGAUUUGGGGAAGUUUUUGGAUCCACUUUUUAAGAUGCUCUCCUGCUUUGGUCUCUGUGUCUGGUGAAUGAUUUUAGACAGUCCUGAAAGCUUUUGAUUGGCGUCAGCUCUCGCGCUUGACUGAAUCGCAGACCCAUAAAAGUGACAUAUUCUCUAUGAGACUGCAAUCGGGGGCUGAAUAUGGAGCUGCAAGGCCGCUUAGUGGACUCCACGUUAAUAAAUUUUGUCAGUGACAUGAAUCUGAUAGAGUUUCCACAAAAGUACACUUUGGGACCGAAACAGCAGGUGGAUAACAUCCCACCCAGUCCCAGCGACCAGACGCGGCUGAACGACUCGUCCUGGAGCAGGGGUUUGGAAAACGGCGUGCGCACCGCGGAGCUCCGCGCCGAGCAUCUGGUGAUGGGCCCGUCGAGGUACUACAGCCGCGGGGCCCACGGGCACACCAAGUCCAAACGGAGGAGGAUCAUCACCGUGGUCCAGCGACAGGCAGCCAACGUGCGAGAAAGAAAGAGGAUGUUUAGCCUGAACGAGGCGUUUGACGAACUGAGGAGGAAAGUUCCCACGUUCGCCUACGAGAAGAGACUGUCCCGCAUCGAGACACUCCGCCUGGCCAUCGUCUACAUCUCCUUCAUGACAGACCUGCUGGAGAACACCUGAGACAGGACAGUACAAUAUUAACUUUACUCCACGGAAACUGGACUAGACUGGGUUUAUUUCGGCGAGGACAACGACACAUGAGAAUGAACUGACAACCUGAUCCAAGAUGACAUUCAACAAUUAUCACCUUUAUCUCGAGUUUAUUGUUACAGCAAGAUUUUUUUAAACUUGCCAAGAAGACUUUCUCCAGAUAUUUCAUUUAAUAUAUAAUAAUAUAUGUGGCUUAUUGUUGCUUAAAAAUAAACCUAUAGCCUAUAGCAAUGUAUGUGUUCUUCGCACUCCAAUGCAAUGAAAGAAGAAAAAGCAUAAAAUUCAAUUCAGACUCAUUUUGACCAGAUUUAUAGGAAUACAGUGUCCGAUCAGUCCCUGACAGUUUUAUGACCUGGGUGCAAUGGAAGGCUGCAAACAGUAAAUACAACCUUCAAUAG